CGCGCUUGCUGUUGUUGUUGUUGUUGUUGUUGUUGUUGUGAACUGAAGUGUAGUUUUUGUUUUGUUUUGGUUUGGUUUUUUUUUUUUUUAAAUAAAAAAACAUCCCCUCCAUACAAAAAUCUUGUUUGUAAACCGCACGGCUAAACGUCUAAGGACGCCCGUGGAAAAAAAAAAAAAAAAAAGGUCCAAAUGUUGACAUAUUGCGUUCCGCGAAGGGAGGCGCUGAGAUGUGCUUCGCGCCCGAUUGGGCCAGCUUGACAGUGAUUGACGUGCAGCCAUGGCAACCGGCCAGCCUAUCUGCCAAGUCCAAUUGGAAAUCAUCGGAGGGGCUUGACUGUCUUUUUCUCCCCCUUUAAAAAAAAAAAGAGAAAAAAAAGAAGACAUGCGCCUCUGCUCCGGCUCGAAUCCUCUCCUACUUGGAAUCCCGGCCCACCUUGCAAAAGGCAUCGUCGGUUCUGCGGUCCUUCCGAGCCCUUCGCCGGCUAAGUUUAGCCAAAGCGAGGAUGCGGUAGGCUGCCCCCCCGCACCAACCCCCACCCACCACCCACCAUCCCCACCCCACCCGGCGACGUCGUUCCUCCUCACCUUCAACUUUGGGGAAUUGCCUUGUUUUGUGCGCGCGCGUGCGGAUUGCCUUGGCGUGCGUCAAGAAGCCGACGGAGACGACGUGGAGGAGAGAGAGGAGCACGGAGGGGGAGACCCGGGACGAGCCUCCAUGUUUCAGCUGCCCAUCUUGAAUUUCAGCCCCCAGCAGGUCGCCGGGGUGUGCGAGACUCUGGAGGAGAGCGGCGACGUGGGCCGCCUCGGCCGCUUCUUGUGGUCGCUGCCCGUCGCCCCGGCGGCCUGCGAGGUGCUCAACAAGAACGAGUCGGUGCUGCGGGCCCGCGCCGUGGUCGCCUUCCACACGGGCAAUUUCCGCGAACUCUACCACAUCCUGGAGAACAACAAGUUCACCAAGGAGUCGCACAGCAAGCUGCAGGCGCUGUGGCUGGAGGCGCACUACCAGGAGGCCGAGAAGCUGCGGGGACGCCCGCUGGGGCCGGUGGACAAAUACCGGGUCAGGAAGAAGUUCCCGCUGCCCAGAACCAUUUGGGACGGCGAGCAGAAAACCCACUGCUUCAAGGAGAGGACCAGGCACUUGUUACGAGAAUGGUACUUGCAGGACCCCUACCCGAAUCCCAGCAAAAAACGGGAGCUUGCACAGGCUACUGGACUUACGCCCACACAAGUCGGAAACUGGUUCAAAAACCGAAGACAAAGAGACAGAGCUGCGGCUGCCAAAAACAGGCUCCAGCAGCAGGUCCUGUCCGGCGGCUCCGUUCGCUCCCUGGCCGACGACGACGGCACCGCGGACCGUCUGGGCAACGCGUCCAGUCCGGAGGCGAGCCGCUCCAGCAAAGCGGCGGCCUCGGCCAUCUCCAUCACCUCCAGCGACAGUGAAUGUGACAUCUGAGCGCUCUCCGCCUCAACUCUUGAUGAAUGGAAGGAAGGAAGGAAGGGGGGGGGGGGAAGAAGAAGAAGAAGAAGAAGAAGAAGAAGAAAAAGAGGAGAUUCCUAUAGUGACAGACAAUCGAAUACAACGACUCGUAGUGCCUGCGUUGAGUUACACACACACAUAUAUACACGUUCACACACACACACACGCGCGUGUGCACAAGGACAUUUGAUGCCUGCCAAAAACACGCGAGGAUCUGUGAGGCCUAUACCUUGAUUUGCAUUUGACCCACGCGUGGAUAACCGAUCCUAAACACACACACUAAGACUGAUGAGAACUCCCCACUGAGAUGGAAAAAAAAAAGAAACAAAAAAAAGGAAGGAAGGAAUGGCGAGCGCCUAUAUAGCCGACUGUUUAUCCGUGGCUACUUCAUGUCGCGAAACAACAACUGUGCUUUCAAAAGUUUUAUGAAUAAUGUUUAUUUGCCUAUUUAAACCCAUCCGCUCUGUCUUUUGGAUUUCAUCUUCAUUCGCUUGGUGUGUUUUUUUUUUGUUUUUUUUAAUACU